UGCCAUCUCACCUAAGUGAUCUUCUCUCUCCUCUCGGAUUUUAUACUCCUCAGCAGGUCGGAUUGCCUUGCCCCGUGUUUCCGUGGCCGCUGAUUGAACGGCUGUCAUGACAUGUGCCCUCAGGACCGUAAAGCCACGACAGCAGGAUGAAAAGCCCUCGUUUGGUGUUUAUGCGUCCUUUCGACCUCCCGGUAACUACACCCGGUAAUUGGCCCGAGAAUCGCGUUGAAAAUACACUGAUUAAACAAUGGAAAGACCUUCUGUUUGUCGACAUUAAGGACAAAGAUGUUUCCCUGCUGUGAAUUGGACACAGUUCUUUUAAACAUUGCCAUGGCAAAGAUUUUGGACUGAAACACAGGGAGAUCUAAUCACACUGAGGAAGAGAGAAAGAGCGAGCGCCUGGAGGUGAAGACAUGGUCAUCUCUGAUAGAAACACCGGCACUCCUGUACCCAAAAAGGAGCCCCAGAAGAAGAAGAGGAGGAAGUCUCGCCCUCACGGCCUGCCCUCUCCGGCACUCUGCUGUGCCUGUGGCCUAUGCAUCAUGCUGGCUGGACUCAACAUCACUCUGGUGGGAGCAUUCGCCUUCAGCACACUUGUGCCUUCCGCCAACCCCCCGAUCAUCAUCGGACCUAUCCUACUGCUGGUGGCCUUUUCCUUUUUUGGGGCCUGUUGCGUGUGCAGCCGCCUCCCCCCUCCUCACAGCUCACGGAGGUCUAAGGUGGGCGGCAGGGGCACGGGGUUGAUGGGACACGGCGGGCUAGCUGGUGGGGCAGCAUUUGAAAUUGAGACCAGCGAGCACACGCUGCAGGAUACUACAGCUGUGCAGCUCAGCCCCACAUCCUCCCCUGGCUCAUCCCGGGCGUCCAGCCCGGAAGAGGAGGCUCCAGAUGCGGCCCUGCCAGGCACCUGCAAGCUCUUCACCAUGGACACCAACGGCCCUUCUUCUGUUUCCGCCACUGCAGUCUACUCUACCUCCACAGCAGCAGGAGGGGAGGUGAGGCUCAACCUGCCACGUGAAGAAGUGGUCACCUAGCAGAGCAGGAACUCUUUCAAGGAGUGUAAAUAUCCUUCUGCGUCGAGGGCUUGCUGAGUGUGAUUGUGUAGUUUACGUAUUGCCAUAUUUCUGGUUGUGACAAAUUCUCAGCGGUAUGCUUUUGAUUUCUCUUGCUGUGCAGCCAACUGGUAAUUAGCAUGCAAAAUCAAUUAAACAUCCAAGUAUUUGUGGAGGGUUUGGAAUUCAAAUUCCUACCUCUCUCGUGCUGUUUUCCUCCAGGUCUUUUUUUUUUAACGUGGGGCAUUAUGGAAAGUUUUCCUGUAGAAAUCAAACUAAGUGUCUGAAACAAUAAACAUUUAUCUUUCAUGGUCA